AUGCCGCACUCCUUCUAUCAUGCCCAAGACAUGGACGGCUCUCUGUCCCCUUUGGACCUCCCCAGCGCUUUCGGUGUGUUUGAAGCCGACCUCGAUAACGAAAUAGCAGCACAUAUGUUCAACCAAUAUAUCAUGGAGGAAUGUCUCGAUGAGGAUUGUGGGGUGGACUUUUCGGAUGUGGCAGGGCAGCGCCUGCCUGGCUCGGAUUCUAGAUGGGUCCCGGCUCCCGCUGCAUCGACACCUUCUAUUCAACCAUCUUUCAUGAACAACAAUGCUUUCAUGGUUAUCGAUCCUCACAUGGGUUUGAAUACUCCCAUGGCCAGCAGCACUUCUCCCACCGAAAGGUCCGACGCUGCCCCGUCAUUGUCAACGUGCGAACCCAAUUUUACUCCCCCUGACACCGCCGACUCCGUCUCCACGGACUCCAAUGGAUGA